AAAAAUAAGAGCGAAGCGAGAUAAUUGCCAGCCGCAAGCGAAAUUUUUUGACUUUUUAACGACCAAAGCUCAAGAGCCAUUAAUCAGGCUACAUGUCAUUAGCCGUACUCGUAAUGUUUAAGCCAAUAUGGGUGAAAAAACGUUUUUCACUGCCUUCAGAAGGGUUCUAUAUAAACUCUAAUUAACUCUACAAAUCAAUUGAACUCUUAACUUAUUGAAAAAUAAAGAAAACAAUACACAUAACCUUGUGUGUCAACCAAAUGUCAUUUAAUGGUUUUGACAGGUUUAAUGUUGAGAAAUCAAAUCGUAAACAAAAAUGAUCGUUCAGCGUCAUACCAACCGCUUAUGAAACAUGUUUCUUUGCUUUUAAAAUAUGUUUAACGACGAUGAACACGGCCAAUAGUUCAGUGGUUUAUUUUGAAAAACAUGGAUGAUCAAUCUAUAUAACUAGCUACUUCAUUGACUCUGUCAAAUUACCAGUCCCACAGGGUUGCCAUAUCUUGAGUAAAUCGCUAUGUAUGGUAGUUCAAAUAACCACGUUGUAAAUGUCAUUGUUGACAGUCGGUUAUCUGUAUUUGUGUUGUAUUUAAAAAAAUUAUGAACUCAUUUAUUAUGUUGCAAUUUAUUAUCUUGAACUUUAAUAAAUAAAAUAUCAAAAGACAUUUAUGAUUUUUGCAGAAUUUUUAUUUGAUACGUUAUUCAUGUAGUAAUUUAUAAAUAACUAACCAAAACUAGGAACGGAAAAAUGAUUGGAGAAAGAAAUCCUGGCUGUGAAUUAGACUUAGGCUGGCUAAACAGCGUCAAUAUUAAUUUAACUGCAGUAAACCAACUGGCCAACAAAAUAGUUUCAUCCAGGGAGCUUAAGGGAGAAUAUAGGGCAGCUUGGAUAUUAAAAGCAAUAACUUUGAUUGACCUUACGACAUUAGCUGGAGAUGAUACCAAUAGCAAUGUAUCUAGAUUGUGUUUUAAGGCUGCAAAACCUGUUUCAGAGGAUCUUUUACAGACAUUAGGCUUUGAUUAUAGUGAAAAGUCUCCAAUACAUACAGCAGCUGUCUGUGUUUAUCCAUCAAGGGUUGAGGAUGCAGUGAAAGCACUUAAAAAUAUGGGAAUGUUGGGCAAAGUAAAUGUGGCGUCAGUUGCUACAGGUUUUCCAAGUGGUCAAACUCCACUAAAAACAAGAUUAGAGGAAAUUAAAUUUGCAGUAGAAAAAGGUGCCAAAGAAAUUGAUAUUGUAAUAAAUAGAGAUCUUGUAUUGACAGGAAAAUGGGAAAAAUUGUAUCAAGAAAUUCAGGUCAUGAAAGAAGCUUGUGGUUCUGAAGCACAUUUAAAAGCCAUACUUGCCACUGGGGAGCUGGGUACACUAGAUAAUGUAUACAAAGCUUCACUUGUAGCAAUGAUGGCUGGUUCAGAUUUUAUUAAAACAUCCACAGGGAAAGAAUCAGUAAAUGCAACUUUACCAGUUGGAUUAGUUAUGUCAAGAGCUAUAAAGGACUACCACGAAAAAAUGGGUUAUAAGGUUGGCUUGAAACCUGCUGGUGGUGUUAGGACAUCAAAGGAUGCAUUAGAAUGGUUGGUUUUAAUGAAAGAAACGUUGGGAAAUGACUGGUUAACGCCGGAGUUGUUUCGAUUUGGUGCUUCUGGAUUGCUGGGAGAUUUAGAAAGCAGUUUGUAUCAAUAUGUUACUGGAAAAUAUCCGGCUGGAUACGAAUUUACAAUGGGUUAAUCAAAUUAAUAUAUAAUAAAAUAGAUUUCAUUUG